AUGGAACCUUAUUACCCCUCAACAAACUUUGAUAAUUCCGACAGUGUUUUCGGCAUGGGAGAUUCUAACUUCCCUUGGGAUUUUAAUCUUGAAGAUAAUUUCGAAGCUCAAAAGUUAUUAGCCGCUGCCAUUGCGCAUAAUGAUCAGUAUAGAUAUGACGAGGACCAAAAACGAAAGUUAGAAAUGUUGGAAGAUAUUACUCAACAAAAUCCGUCCAAAGUUAGUCAUAAUUUAAAUAUUACCUCUGUGCCCCAUCCAGAUCUUACGGCUGAAACUGCGUCAGAAGCUAAUAUUGAUUCUCACUCUGAGCAAGCGAAUGAACCUCAGAAAAAAAAACCGGGUAGAAAGCCAUUAAACAAUACUCCUAGUUCAAAACGCAAGGCACAAAAUAGAGCAGCACAACGUGCGUUUCGAGAACGAAAGGAACGUUAUGUUAAAGAGCUUGAAAAUAAAAUUAAAGAACUUGAAUCCAUGUCUGCAAAAAGUGUUCAAGAGAAUCAAGAGUUGAAGACGCUUGUUGAACAAUUACAAGCCGAAAAUUUCAUAUUAAAACAAACAACUUUCACCUUUGACUUUCCGUUGGACAAAGCAAAUGACUCGACUACUGCCCUCGACAAAGAUAUUAGUGAUAUUCUUGUGCCGAUUUCAAAGCCAACUUCAAAUACAUUAACUGUCCCAACGACAAGUAGUACCACAUUUAAUUCAUAUACACCUCCAUCUUCAAACGUGAGCGACGAUGAACCAAGUUCACCAUCUAUGUCAGGCUCAGCAGAAUCAGAUUAUACCUCUGAAGUAAGAGGUACAUCUUCAGGAAAUUCCCCUAAAAGUUCACAGGCAUAUAAUUUUAGUCCAUUAGAAGCAACUACCAUCAGUCCACCUCCUACGGUUGUCACAACUCCACCUUCACAUUCUUCUAAACCUCAGAGUGCGGAAGAAUUUUGUGAAAAAUUUACAGAUGGUAUAUGUCAGGAACAAAAAAAAGUUAAAGAAUUAAGCUCAUCACAAGUGAUAGGAGAAUCUAGUAGAUCAUCGUCUGCAUUCACGGAGUAUCGGGACCCAACACCGUUUACUCCUAAUAUUGAUACUCCUUUCUCUGAUUCUGCCCCGCUUCCACCACUUUUUGAACAAAACUUUCAAGAAUUUGGAAGUUUCGCUCCAAUGGCUACACCAUCUGAAGAACGCAGAAACCCUAUGAAUGGUAUACAUAGUAAUGGUUUUGCAUCGAUGGAUGAAAUUAGUAGUAAAAAAUUCUUAUCGUGUAAUAAGGUAUGGGAAAGAAUUCAACAGCAUCCAAAGUUUGACGAUUUAGAGGGUGAUGAAAUCGAUCUACUUUGUGCUGAGCUAAAAUCUAAGGCUAAAUGUUCAGGAAACGGUCCUGUUGUACCUGAAGAAGAUUUAGAAGCUGUUUUGGGUAAAUUGGAAGAUAAAUAG